AACGAGGGCGUUGGAAAGCAUGCUCCUUCAUCGUCGUUUACGAGGUGUUCGAGCGGAUGGCGUACUACGGGAUAUCGACGAAUCUGAUAAUAUAUUUGACGACAAAGCUUCAUCAAGGAACCGUCACCUCCGCCAACAAUGUUACCAACUGGACCGGAACCGUCUGGAUAAUGCCCAUCCUCGGCGCUUACAUCGCCGACGCCCAUCUCGGCCGUUACCGGACCUUCCUCAUCGCCUCCGCCAUCUGCCUUACGGGAAUGGGACUCGUGACACUGGCGGUGUCGGCGCCAAGCCUGAAGCCGCCGCCAUGUUUGGAAGUGAAUAAAGAAAGGUGCAAGCAGGCGUCGACGUUGCAGCUGGGCGUGUUCUUCGGCGCGCUCUACACGCUGGCUCUGGGCACCGGCGGGACCAAGCCCAACAUCUCCACAAUCGGAGCCGACCAGUUCGACGAGUUCGAGCCGAGGGAGAAGGCCCAGAAGCUGUCCUUCUUCAACUGGUGGAUGUUCAGCAUCUUCUUCGGCACUCUCUUCGCCACCACCGUCCUUGUCUACAUUCAGGACAACGUGGGCUGGGCCUUGGGAUAUGGGCUUCCCACCAUGGGCCUCGCAAUUUCCAUUCUCAUAUUCCUGGCCGGCACUCCCUUUUACAGGCACAAACUCCCCACUGGAAGCCCAUUCACCAGGAUGGCCCACGUCAUCGUUGCUGCUCUUAGGAAUUGGAGCCUCCCUCUUCCUAAUGACCCCAAACAACUCCACGAGCUUGACUUUGAAUUCUACGCCAAGAAAGCAACUUUCAGGAUUGAUUCCACGCCGUCGCUCAGGUUCCUUAACAAGGCUGCUAUAAAAACAGGCUCAAGUUCAACAGCUGAUCAGCCAUGGAAGCUGUGCUCAGUGACCCAAGUGGAGGAGACCAAACAAAUGCUGAGAAUGAUCCCAAUUCUGAUAUGCACGUUCAUUCCAAGCACAAUGUUGGCGCAGACGCAUACCCUUUUCAUCAAGCAAGGUACCACUCUCGACAGAAGCGUAGGCAGCCACUUCAAAAUCCCUCCGGCUAGUUUGGCUGCUUUUGUCACCAUCUCCAUGCUCCUCAGUGUUGUCAUCUACGACAGGGUUUUUGUGAAGACAAUGCGCAGAGUGACGAAAAACCCAAGAGGAAUCACACUACUACAAAGAAUGGGAAUUGGAAUGAUUAUCCACAUCAUGAUAAUGACGAUCGCAUCUCGAGUAGAAAGGCACAGACUUCACGUGGCCAGAGAAAAUGGAUUGGUAGAGAGUGGAGGACAGCUCCCCUUAACCAUCUUCACUCUGCUCCCACAGUUCAUGCUCAUGGGAACUGCGGACGCAUUCAUGGAAGUGGCAAAGAUUGAAUUCUUCUACGAUCAGGCCCCAGAAAGCAUGAAGAGUUUGGGCACUUCAUACUCCAUGACCUCGCUUGGAAUUGGGAACUUCCUCAGCAGUUUUCUUCUUUCAACAGUUUCUCACAUCACAAAGCAAAAUGGCAAUGGAUGGGUUCUGAACAACCUGAAUGCUUCCCAUCUGGACUACUACUACGCCUUAAUUGCAGUGCUGAGUCUGGUCAAUUUCUUCGUCUUCUUGCUCGUCUCCAGAAUGUAUGUGUACAAGGCCGAAGUCUCUGCUUCCAUAAAACUGCUCUCUGAUGAACUCAAGGACAACAAAUCCAAGCCCUCCAAUAACCAAAUAUGAAAAUUCCCCAAAUUUCUGUAACAACAGAGCUCGUCAUGAAUGGUACAGUUUUGGAGUUUUCUGAAAUUUGUGGGACUGGAUUUGGAAUCCAUCUUCAUCCCUCGAUUUCAGUACUUCUUCUGAGCUUUCAUUUGACGAAAAACGAUUCAAAUACGGAUGGCAUCGGGAAUCUUAAUGCUAAUUACGAAAUUCGCAUCAUAAAUUAUUGCCAGAAGUACCAAACUGCAACUGAGAUAAACAAUUAAUUUCCAAAUUUUGAAACUAA